GCAACAUCCAGACAACAUUGAGACAGCUCCAAUCACUAAAGUUUACCGUCUAUCUACAAUGCAGUGCAAGUGAAAUAUGUCCGACUUUUCACAGUGGAUAGAAAACAACAAGGCGCUCUGGACACGCGUAUACGAUGAGGUCAUCGCGCCCGAUCUCGAGAAGGAGUGGAAGCAGAGGGAGGACAAACACACAGAAGAGCUGAAAAAUAAGGAUGAAAACCAGAGAGUUCUUUACAGGUGUAUCAAAGAAGAAGCGGACAAGAACGACCGGCUCAUCGCUGAAAAUGAAGAGCUGAAGAAGCAGCUCCAGGAACCGACUGAUAUAGUCGCACCGACGUCUGAUCCUGAGGGCGUAGACAUUGAGAAUUCCACCGUGUCUGCAGAAGAGUUCCGCCGCGUCGCUGAUGAGUUGAACGACUUGCAAAAGAAGUAUCGUGAGGUUGCUCUGAGAGCGAAGUAUCUUGAGAGGAAAAACAAAGACGUCCUGCAUAAAAAUAAAGAGAUGAAGGCCAGUGUGCAUGCCUGGAAAGACUAUAUCGAUCGCGAGGCAGAAAAACAGAAGCUCAAGAGCGAGGCCAGAACGGAAGGUGGCCAAUUGCAAAAGUUGCUAUCUGCGCCCCCCGAGGAUGCUCGUCCGUGUAUUCCAUCCAGUCCAGGAUCAGUCUCGACUGUUCGGACGCCUCGCUUUCUUGCCGACAUGGAACGCCCCUCUCCUGGACCAAUCGCUCCACUCGCACUUCAAGGAACAACAACCACAUCCGCGACAACGCCCAAUCAAGCGGAUGACCGAAGUUCAAACGCCUCUCUGACGCCAAAACCAUUGGGUAGAAGUGGAUCUGUAGAGCAACCGAACACCGAUGGCGAUUAUCUUCCUUCUGUCCACUUCCCUCAGGCUGUGUUUACAGGCCGGGACAAUGAAUUGCGCCUCCAAGCACGCUCCUACGCUGGCGUUCCAGGCUCGAGCCAAACCACUGUGGAUGAGAAUGUUGAGCAAAUCAGACUCCCCCAGGUACCGGAGACCGAGGAUGACGACAUGCCCGAAUUUGUCUCGGGGCGAUCACUUAAACGAAAACGAGGACCAUCCUCAAAAUUCGAGGUGUUUGCCGACCACUCUUCCGACGGCACUCCCGUAAAACCCUUCCGGGUGAAGCAGGAGGUGCUCAGCAGUCCACCCAGUAAAGCACACACAUUGUCGCGCAAGGAAACCGUCGAUCUAGACGAACCCGCGCCCAUCAUACUUCGCACACCGCGUCAUCCUAGAAGAAGCCUUGAAAGUAACUCAAACACAACGGGCACACUCCGCCACCAGAGGUCAACCAGUCUGCCUGCAUCGCAGGCUAUAAAGCCAGAGCGCGAUGAUGAUAGUCGUGAUGCAGAAGGGCAUGCUGCUGUUGUUGGAGACGAGUCUGGGUUGUCCCACCUCACGGCUGCCGAACAACGAGCACUCAGCGAGCCAUCAGGCCCGUUCCCAGGUGAGAUUCUCGCACCCAUCGAUUCGAAUAUACCAGGAAAUACGCCCGAACAAUCAUCCGCCAAGCGACUGAGGCGAGCAGAGACUCGACAUCAAGAGAAGCACCGAAUGCUUACCGAGUCUGGCGAAACGCCGCCUCCAAUGGACGACAAUGAAAAACAACUGGGACCACGCCUCGCUCGAAUACAGUUCAACCGAAGACUACAAGCCGCCAAAGAAGCGAAUUCGCCCGCCAAAAACAUCCUCCAAACGCCCAAGGCAGGACCAGUCAAGAUCAAAGUUGAGCAAACACUCACUCCUCCAUCCAGCGCCUCUCGCUCCACAACUACUCUCUCAGGAGAUCGUACUACGCCAUCCAAUCCGCGUCCAAACCCACGAGAUAUUUCCACUCCCAUCGAUCGUCCAAUCUGGACACUGAAAGCCUCGGAGACGGGUUCGGGAUCUCGGACCGGACGCGCCUCGCCCCCAGAAAAGACCAGUCCGCUUCGCAGAAAAAAAGUCACUGAACUCAAAGUUCACGAUUUCAAGCCCAAUCCGGCUUACAACCAAGGCUACAGCUACGCUUUCAGCGAGACCGUUCGUAAACGCGGCGAUCGUAUGUGUCUCCCCGGUUGCACAAACCCGUCAUGCUGUGGGUCUACAUUCCGAGCUUUGGCCGCUGCACAAGCCCGCCUCCCACCCUCACAGGAAGAAGCGCUGCUUGAGGAGUACCUUGGCGACGCGUACAAUACCAUGAACAUGACGCAGAUGGCGUCAGAUGAGCGCGCUGAACUAAUCUUGCAAGCACGAACGAAGAAGAUGGCGAAGGACACUGGGAAGCAUAGGGAGGCGUACGAGAGAAGGCGCACUCCGCCAGGGUUCUGGAGAGUUGACUUUCCGACGACGCAGGAGCAACAAGAAGACAGGGAACGUGCGAAGGAGCAGGAGAAGGGGGUUGUGCAGGAGCGGUGGUUAGAGGCGCAGAGGAAGGGCGGAAAAUGGAUUUUUAGAGACGAGUAAUGUCCGCCUGAUCAAUAUAUCCUUCCAACACCUUCUGCAUUGCGGUUGUUUGCCUGCCGG